GCCUUGACUCCAGCUUUCCUCCAGGGGCUGCGCCGAGCCUGUACUCACUUCUUUCCUGUUCCUGAACUUGAGCCGUCGAACCCACCGUCUAGCAGUCCACUCGUGAGGCUUGGGGCGAUGGACCCGUUCACCGAGAAGUUGCUAGAACGGACACGUGCCAGACGAGAGAAUCUUCAGAGAAAAAUGGCUGAGAGGCCCACUGCAGCAGCAAGGUCUGCACCUCACGCGAAGCGAGGCCGAGAGCCACUUUCAGAAGCAAGUAAUCAGCAGCAGCCCCUACUGGCAGGGGGUGAAGAAAAAUCAUGUACAAAACCAUCACCAUCAAAAAAACGUUGUUCUGACAAAAUCGAAGUGGAAGCUUCGGACUUAGAAAAUAAAGAACCUGUUGAUGCUGCAAAGCCUUGUUCUCCAAAGCCUGCGCCCCGGCAGAUGAAGCCCCCAGCACCGGCUGCCAUCAGUGAUUCUGUGGCUGCCCCAGCAUCGCUCCUCAGCACAGGCAAAGCAUCCACCACCUCCUCAGUUAAAACUCGAAUGCAAAAGCUUGCUGAGCAGCGGCGCCAUUGGGAUAGUGAGAUCACAGAUGAUGUAUCAGAAAGCUCACACUUCUCACCAAUGCCAUCUGAGGAAAAGCCUGCCUCACCUUCCAAGCCACCCGUUUCAAAUGCCUCAGCUACCCCAGUUGGGAGAAGGGGCCGUCUGGCCAACCUUGCUGCAACGAUUUGCUCCUGGGAAGAUGAUGUAAGCUACUCAUCUGCAAAGCAAAAUAGUGUACAAGAACAGCCUGGUACCGCUUGUUUAUCCAAAUCCUCCUCUGCAAGUGGACCAUCUGCUAGCAUCAAUAGUAGCAGUGUUCAGCAGGAAGCUACAUGCUGUUCCCAAAGGGAUGGCAAUGCCUCUGUCAAGAAAGACCCAACUUCAAAUGCUGCCGAUGGGCCUUUGCUUAAAGCCUCAGUGUCCAGCCCUGUGAAAGCAUCUUCUUCCCCUGUGAGAUCCGCUCCAUUCAUCACUAGAAACUGUGAGGUGCAGAGUCCUGAGCUACUUCACAAAACUGUUAGUCCUCUGAAAACAGAGGUGUUGAAACCAUGUGAGAAGCCAACUUUAUCCCAGGCACUUCAGCCCAAAGAGGGAGCUAACAAGGAAGUUUGUCUACAGUCACAGUCCAAGGACAAACUUGCAACACCAGGAGGAAGAGGAAUUAAGCCUUUCCUGGAACGCUUUGGAGAGCGUUGUCAAGAACACAGUAAAGAAAGUCCAACUUGCAGAGCAUUUCAUAGAACCCCAAAUAUCACUCCAAAUACAAAAGCUAUCCAGGAAAGAUUAUUCAAGCAAAACACGUGUUCAUCUACUACCCAUUUAGCACAGCAGCUCAAACAGGAGCGUGAAAAGGAACUGGCGUGUCUCCGUGGCCGAUUUGACAAGGGCAGUCUCUGGAGUGCAGAGAAGGAUGAAAAGUCAAGAAGCAAACAGCUAGAAACCAAACAGGAAGUUCACUGUCAGAACUCUCCCCUCAAGAAACACCAAAUUGUCUCAGGCACCCCGUCGACCUCUGUGUCAGAUAAAGUGGCUGAGACUCCAACCGCAGUGAAGAUUUCUGGUACAGAGCCUGCAGGUUCCACUGAAAGCGAAAUGACAAAGUCCAGCCCUUUGAAAAUAACAUUGUUUUUAGAAGAGGAGAAGUCCUUAAAAGUAGCAUCAGACCCGGAGGUUGAGCAGAAGACUGAAGCAGUGCAUGAAGUAGAGAUGAGUGUGGACGAUGAGGAUAUCAACAGCUCCAAGGUCAUUAACGACAUCUUCAGUGACGUCCUAGAGGAAGGGGAACUGGACGUGGAAAAGAGCCAAGAGGAGAUGGACCAAGUGGGAACGGAAAGCAGCGAGGAGCAGGAAGAUGUGCUGAAUAUCUCCUCAAUGUCUUUACUUGCUCCGCUGGCUCAGACGGUCGGCGUGGUGAAUCUACAGAAUGUAAUUUCUUCACCUGAGUUGGAAUUGAGAGACUCUAGCCUGAGUGCUCCAAGUCCCAAACCAGGAAAAUUCCAAAGAACUCGUGUCCCCCGAGCCGAAUCUGGUGACAGCCUCAGUUCUGAGGACCGGGACCUUCUUUACAGCAUUGAUGCAUAUAGGUCUCAAAGAUUCAAAGAAACAGAACGCCCUUCCAUAAAGCAAGUGAUUGUUCGAAAGGAAGAUGUUACUUCAAAAUUGAGUGAAAAGAAUGGUGUCUUUUCUGGUCAAGUUAAUAUCAAACAAAAAAUGCAGGAACUCAAUAAUGACAUAAAUUUGCAGCAGACAGUGAUCUAUCAGGCCAGCCAGGCUCUCAACUGCUGUGUUGAUGAAGAGCACGGGAAAGGAUCCCUGGAAGAAGCUGAGGCAGAAAGGCUCCUUCUGAUUGCAACUGAGAAAAGAGCACUUCUGAUUGACGAACUGAAUAAGCUGAAGAGUGAAGGACCUCAGAGGAGAAACAAGACCGCUGUCGCAUCCCAGAGUGGAUUUGCCCCAUCUAAAGGGUCAGUCACCUUGUCAGAGAUCUGCCUGCCUCUGAAGGCAGAGUUUGUCUGCAGCACCGCGCAAAAGCCAGAGUCAUCGAAUUACUACUACUUAAUUAUGCUAAAAGCUGGGGCUGAGCAGAUGGUGGCCACCCCAUUAGCAAGUACUGCAAACUCUCUUAGUGGUGAUGCCCUGACAUUCCCCACCACGUUUACCCUGAAUGAUGUUUCCAAUGACUUUGAAAUAAAUGUUGAAGUUUACAGCUUGGUACAAAAGAAAGAUUCCUCAGGCCCUGAGAAGAAGAAGAAGGCGUCCAAGUCUAAGGCUAUUACUCCAAAGAGACUCCUCACAUCUAUAACUUCAAAAAGCAGCCUUCAUGCUUCAGUUAUGGCCAGUCCAGGAGGUCUCAGUGCUGUGCGCACCAGCAACUUUACCCUAGUUGGAUCUCACACACUAUCGUUAUCUUCUGUUGGAGACACUAAGUUUGCUUUGGACAAGAUAAAUUUUGAUGUAAGAGAGCAGGAGCUACUGGGCUAUUUGUUCCAGGAAAAGGUACCUUUUUUGUCUCCAUUGGAAGGUCACAUCUGCUUAAAGAUAAGCUGUCAAGUGACUUCAACUGUUGAGGAGAAAGGUUUUCUUACCAUAUUUGAAGAUGUUAGUGGCUUUGGUGCCUGGCAUCGAAGAUGGUGUGUUCUCUCUGGCAACUGUAUUUCUUACUGGACUUACCCAGAUGAUGAGAGGCGAAAGAAUCCCAUAGGAAGGAUAAAUCUGGCCAAUUGUAUCAGUCAUCAGAUAGAACCAGCCAACAGAGAAUUCUGUGCAAGACGGAACACUCUGGAAUUAAUUACUGUCCGACCACAAAGAGAAGACGACCGAGAGACUCUUGUCAGCCAAUGCAGGGACACACUCUGUGUCACCAAGAACUGGCUCUCUGCAGACACUAAAGAAGAGCGGGAUCUCUGGAUGCAGAAACUCAACCAGGUGAUUGUGGACAUUCGCCUCUGGCAGCCGGAUGCUUGCUAUAAGCCUGUCAGAAAGCCCUGAACCCAGGGAACUUCAGGACCGUGGAGAGACUUCGCUAGCUGUGUUAGAAAGUGUCCAAGGAAGACAUGGUUAGAAGCACCAGAUUUGCAAGUUGUAUUUUAUGCUUUAAAUAUAAAAGGGUAUGUGCAAAUAUUCACUACAGAUUAUGCAGUAUUUAUAUCUUUUCUAUGUAAAACUUUACCCAGUUUGUCUUACAUACAUGUUUAACUGUCAAAUACUUAAAAUAGUCAAGAGAAUUGAUAUUCAUGUUUAAUACGUUAAGAGUUUCAUUUUAUAGAAACCUCGCUAGCCAUUUAUUCAUGACAAAGAGUAUAUAUUAUAAUCAAGUUCUGAAUUGUAUUUGGGAGCUGUGGGUUUUAAGGUCCCCUGUAGGUCGUAAACAGAAACAUGUAGUUUGAUGAGUCCCUCUCCAGCCUCGGUGGUUUUUUAAAAAGGUUGUGGCCAUUCCUGGCUCAUGAUAUGACCAGGGUACUGAAUGUAAUCUCAGAGGGUUUACAGGAAUGUGUUUAGUAAGGAGCUGAGAAGAGACAACAGAUGCUUACUAAUCUAAUAGGAACUCAAAGCUGCUUUCUGAAGAGAUGUGGACAGUGACACAGUGACAUUGGGGCUAAAUAUUGUACCAGAAGCAUUAAGAAUUACACAGCUCACAUUCACUCCGACUCUGUGUGCAGUGUGGGGCAGAUUGUCAGUGUUCAGGCUUUAUUAAACAGCUAUUUUUCAUGUAGUUUAGGAUCCUCAUUAACAUGUUCAGCCUUUUCUCUUAUAACAAGAGCAAAUGUAAAUUGAAGAACACAUACAUAAGAAUUUCUACCAAGCUGCUGUGACUACUCCUUUGCUUCCCAGAGUUCUUGUCUCGUUUUCCUUUCAUGUUAAUCUAAGACACUUUACAAAUCUGUUUUGAGAUCACUGAAAAAUAUAUAAAGCUAUGCAUUCCCUUUAAAGCCCAAUGCCUUCUUGCAAUUUAAAAAUAUUACAAUGCAUGGCUGCAGUUUUUAAAUAGUCUGUGUUUCUCCUCUGACUGUCAGUUAUUGAUGGUUUCAUUUAUAAACACUAAAUUCUAUCACUUGCCAUUAUAUUUCUUACUCAUUUAAAUGUGGGUUUUCUUAUGUAUAUUAUAAAAGUAUUUUAUGACUCCUACAUAAAUAAAUAAUUGUGAAUUGUCAAAA